AUGGAAAGUAUUAAUNCGGUCGAUGAAAGGACACUUUUANAGGCCAUACUGUGUACAAAGUUGAAGGGGCAAGCUCUUCUAGAUUUUGAAACACAGGACGUAAAUAAUUUCGAGCAGCUAAAGCACGAGAUCAAAACUACAUACUCCGCAAAAAAAGGCACAACCGAGCUACAGAUAGAGUUUAGCUCGCUAAAACAAAAGCAUGAAAAAAGCGCGUUAAAUUAUGGACAGCGAGUUAAUCAGUUAGCCAUGGAACUUUACGAGUCUAUGAUAGAAGGUAAAUUACGGACCAUGGAACAAAAACGCACGAUUUUAGAAACCAUAAAAGAACAAGCAUUACAUNACUAUCAAAUCGGGCUACGCGAGGAUCUGAAAGUGAUAAUACGAUCACGCAGUUAUAAGACGUUGCAAGAAGCAAUAGCUGGCACAAGUGCGGAAGAAAAAGCCGCGAGUACGAGGCCGAAAAAUCGUGCGCCAUCACAAGUGCGUGGCCCAAAGAAUUUCACUUGCUAUAAGUGCGGGAAGAUNGGUCAUUACGGGAGAGAAUGCCGAUCUAGCAAAAUGACGUUGCCGAAGCCGGGCAAUAGUCGGGUAAAUGCAGUUGAAAAAUAUUGCAACUAUUGCAGGAAAACGGGUCAUAUACGAGAAAACUGCUGGUCGCUGAAUGACAAGAAGGAUAACAAAAAUUACAUCACGAAGGGAGAGACAAAGAAUGCAAUACAAAAAGCAAAAAGCUGA